GAAAAACAUAGCACCUGAUGUGUUAUGAUUCAUGACGUUAAAUUGUUUUUUUAAGAUGCGGAUUUUUUUUCAAUUUGUUAAAAAAAAACCAUUUUUUCGUGAAGGUCUCAGAUUUGGAUAACGAGGUUUUAACGUGCCUUCACUUUCAAUUAACUACUCAAGUGUUUCGAGCUUUCUUUUUACUCUUUUAAAAAACCUCUCAUACUUUCUUUCUUACGAAAAUGGCCUAUCAAUAUGAUCAAUAUCAACAACAGCCACCUUACGGAGGCGGUGCAGAAAACAAAACUACACUAUGGAUGGGUGAGCUUGAACCGUGGAUGGACGAAAGUUACAUAAGACAGAUUUGGUAUCAGCUUGGCGAAAAUGUAAAUGUAAAAUUCAUUAGGGAUAAGUUCACAGGAGCAAAUGCUGGAUAUUGCUUUGUGGAUUUCGUGAGUAACGCGGCCGCGGUCAAAGCUUUAAAUACAGUAAAUGGAACGCCAAUCCCCGGUACUAAUCGAUUAUUUAAAUUAAAUUGGGCAUCUGGAGGUGGAUUAACUGACAGAAAGGAUGAUCGUGGUCCCGAGUUUUCGAUUUUUGUUGGUGAUUUAGGACCUGAAGUAACUGAAUGGAUGUUGGUGUCUGUUUUUCAACAAAGGUAUACCACUUGCAAGUCUGCUAAAAUCAUGACUGAUCCUAUGACUGGCAUGUCUCGUGGAUAUGGUUUUGUUAGAUUUGGUGAUGAAUCUGAACAACAACGUGCUCUUGUAGAAAUGCAAGGUGCAUUUUGUGGUAAUCGGCAAAUGCGAAUUUCCACGGCGACACCAAAAAACAAAGCCGGCAUCCAAGGAAAUUAUUAUCAACAACCUACUCAACAGAAUACUGUCUUGAAUCAAUAUAACGAUCCGAAUAACACUACAGUUUUCGUCGGCGGAUUAUCGGGCGUUAAUAGCGAAGAAGAAUUAAGAAGUUAUUUUCAAGGUUUUGGUGAGAUUACUUAUGUAAAAAUACCUCCUGGUAAAGGUUGUGGUUUUGUGCAAUUUGUUCAUAGACAAAGUGCCGAAAUGGCAAUUAAUCAGAUGCAACAUUACCCAAUUGGCAAUUCUAGAGUACGUUUAUCCUGGGGUAGAUCUCAAACUGAUAAGACUACUAUCGGCGCUUAUCGUAGUCCACAACAAACAAGCCCAUAUAAUUCCAUCGGAGGUAUGACACCAACAUCAGGUUACAGCGCUUAUGCUCCAGCAACACCCGUUGCCACUACGCCGGUGACUCCGAUCCAACCUCAAAGUUCAACACCGCCCUUAGACUCUUUGGACCCGGUCCCCGUUCAGCGUUUAAAUGAAAUCUUUAUUUCCAAGCAAGAAGCAGUGAUUGAACGAAUGGAAUCAGAAUCUAAUUGGAUCGGAAUUUAUGCUCAAUAAUUUUAGAAUUGGAGAUUUUUAACUCAAAAAUUAAAAUAAUAAUAUAUAUAUAUAUAUAAACAAAAAUUUUAUAUGUGUAACAUAUGUUUCAUUUUGUAAAGAAUUUCAUUUUUUCUAUAAAUUUUCAAAAUUAAUAAUAAUUGAUUG